AUGUCUGGCUUUUCCCAAUUUGCUAAUACACCAUCCAGAAAGAAAAGAAAAGACUAUGCUCAAUUGGUGUCCACUACUAAUGUCACAGACGUGGUUUAUCGUCAAGGUUCUGGUGGUAAAAUCAGGGUUGCUUUUAUGAAUGUCAUGCAAGGAGUAGCCAUGAAGGUUCCCUCCGUUCAAAGUGGUACCAACUUUGGUACAACAAGCUCACCUGGUAUUUUGGGUGACGGUUCAGGCUUUAAUUUUGGGUCGUGGACACCUCAAACAUCCUGCAUGGUUGAUCCCACUGGUAUUUUUCAUCUAUAUUGGAAUAUUACUUGUGAAACCGAUGUGUUGGACUCGACAUGCAACUCUGACUUCAUAUCAAAUGUCUUUCCACAAGUAACUUUGUCCCAAAUGGAUAAGAUGAGCACCGACAAAAUCAGCAGGAGACGUCAUGCCCACAUGGUGCAAUCCGUGGCCUAUAAUGUGGGGUUUGAUAGACGACACAAAACUGAACUUGAAGAGGCUCGAGGUCUAGCAGUCGUGGCCUACACAGAAGCAUCCGAGUAUAAGACCAAAUAUGAGCUUACCAAGAAAAACCAACAAGAGGAACAUGAUCGUUUUGUUCAUCAGGUUUCCAACCUAGAACUCGAAGUAGCCAAUCUUAGUGCUAAUGAUAGUGAUUUGGUCGACUCGUCUAAUUAA